UGUACACCUGCCGUUGUAAGGACCUAUGCCAUCUGGCUGAAGACGACACACAUGAUGGUUGUUUCAAAGGUCUGCGAACAGUUGCGAGUGUGCUGCUCGUUUGUGAACAAAACGUUUACAACGCUUGGAACCACUGCAGAAUUUGAAUGCGUCCGAGGCGCGCAUGUUUCCACAGGCAUUUAGAGCAGCUCCUCCUGAUUGACGUCAUGCUCCGAGACGGAAGUCCUGCAGUGCUGUAAAUAAGGCUGCCAGGCUCUGUUACGUGGGUUCAUUUUAGUAGUGAUCGAGAGUAUUUUUCACUUUUGUGGAAUGGGGCUGUUUGGCCGAACGCAAGAAAAGCCUCCCAAAGAUCUGGUCAACGAGUGGUCACUGAAAAUCAGGAAGGAGAUGCGCGUGAUCGACCGGCAGAUCCGAGACAUUCAGAGGGAAGAGGAGAAGGUGAAGCGGUCUAUCAAAGACGCUGCCAAGAAGGGCCAGAGGGACGUGUGUGGUGUUCUGGCCAGGGAGAUGAUCCAGUCCAGGCGGGCCGUCAGCAAGCUGCACACAUCCAAGGCACACAUGAACUCGGUGCUGCUGAGCAUGAAGAACCAGCUCUCUGUACUGCGGGUUGCUGGUGCUCUGCAGAAGAGCACAGAGGUGAUGAAGGCCAUGCAGAGCCUGGUGAAAAUUCCUGAAAUCCAGGCCACUAUGAGGGAGCUGUCUAAGGAGAUGAUGAAGGCUGGCAUCAUCGAGGAGAUGCUGGAGGACACGUUUGACAGCAUGGAGGAUGAGGAAGAGAUGGAGGAAGCAGCAGAGGCAGAGGUGGACAAGAUCCUCUUUGAGAUUACAGCAGGUGCUCUUGGAAAAGCCCCCAGCAAGGUGACAGAUGCCCUGCCAGAGGUGGAGCCGCAGGGCGCCACUGCAGCAUCGGAGGAUGAGGCGGAGGAGGACAUUGAGGAGAUGCAGUCCAGACUGGAGGCCUUGCGGAGCUAAGAGACCUCCCCCCCACCCCUGUACAGAGACUGUCAGUGAGAGGCAUUUCCCCUCCUCCACCUCCUGUCCCCUUUGGGUAUUUGGCACGAAAAUCCUGUACUUAGAACCAGCUCCAAGGUCUCAAGUGCUGAAGUUUAACAUAUAGUAUGUGUCCUUACGAAAGUCAGUACAAAUGUAAAAUCCCAAAUGCAAGGAGUAUGUUGUCAGCAUAUGUCAAAACAUACUGCAUAUAUCAGUACAUCUUAGAUAUUUCCAUUUUUUAAGAUGUAAUUUUGUGGAUAUAUGAGUAAAUUGCAGAAUGUUUCAUAAAUUACAUAUACUGUGUAUGCAAAAAAUGCCAUCUAAGUAUGGUGACAGUGGUGGGUAUGUUUUGACAUAAAUUUAAAAGUAUAUUCCCUGAUUUUUGGAUUUGAUACUUGGUUACAUUGAUACAUAUUCUAUCAGACAAGGAACACUAAAGCAAAUUGUCCACAACAUGGGAUUAAAAGGCAGGAAUUUCUGCCACUUGACAGUGUGGUUCUUAGUUUGUGUGCAGUUAUCUCUGAAUUAGAUAUGUGUUUUUCUUUCUGAAGGCCUUCUAAGGAAAAAGUGCUAUAAUAAAAAACAAUUCUCUAUUAAUGUUUUGAAAAAUUUAAAAUGUCUGUUUGCUGACCAGCUGUGUGACCAGGUUUUGAAUAUACAGGGCUCCGGUGUUCUGUACCAUCCAAAUCCUUGAUUAUCUUUAUACCACACAACUGCGCAAUACAGCUGAAAAUACUUGCUAUUGGUUUGUGUUUUAAAAAUCUGUUCUAAUUUUGGAAGACGAAUACACCAUAUUUUGCUGAAACAGGGACUUCACAUCAGUUAUAGUUCAUUUCCUUACAAAGUGAAAAAACACAAGCAUGCAGUUCCCAGUAAAUAUUUAGCCUGCUGAUGUAAUGACCACCGACUCCUUACUGAGGAACUGCUCUAAUGCUACAAUCUGACAUCAUCUAGUAAACUGAUCUCCUGAAAAAUGAUGUUGCAGACAUUGGCACAAGGGAGAGAAAAAUCUUUGACUCUAGUCAUGAUACUAAGGCGUACCUGGGAGCACUGCAAAAUAUCACAUUAAUGAAUAAUCAUAAAGAAUAAACAACAGGUGUGUACACCAAUGACAGGUUUGCCAGCACAUCAGUAGGGGGAGCUCCUAUACAAGCAUUUUACUGUGGAGCUCUUGCAUUGAACCAAGAUCCUGCAUUAAUUUUUGUCAGAACAGUAAUUGCUUGUAAAGCCUGUUGACCAUUGUUUGGUUCAUCUAUCGUGUCUAAGUGUCUUUUAUUUUCAGGUCUUUUUCCUCAUGAAUGCUUGCUUUCUUAUAUCUACUAACUUCAAACAAAGUAAAGUCCUGUUG